UUUGCCCCAGUUCCUCCCGUCUCCCCUCUGAAGAAGAUGGUGCUCGUUUUCAGCUCUCUCUCCCCAUUGAGGACAGGGCUCCUGCUGGCCUCUGUGGCUCUGUUCCUGAACGUCUGUGAGGGCACCUCAGAGGCAUCCCGCGGGGUGGUCGUCCCCUUCGUCUUUGAUCCCAAAGCAAUCUGCGACCCGCCGUGCAAGCACGCAGGAAUCUGCAUCCGCAACAACACCUGUUUCUGCUCCAAGGGCUAUGAGGGAGAGCGCUGCCAGUAUGCUUACUGUUAUCCCAAGUGUAAGAAUAGAGGAGAGUGCCUUCGUCCUGGGAAAUGUAGAUGUCCUCCAGGAUUUGGGGGAAAAUAUUGUCACAAAGUGGUCUGUGAUGGGGGUUGCUGGAAUGGAGGGGACUGCAUUGCAGUGAAUGGAGUAGUGAAGUGCCUCUGUCCCUCCAGCUGGACUGGAUCUAAAUGUCAAGAAGCGCUCUGUCCCCAGGGCUGCAGGAACGGGGGCAGCUGUGUGGCCCCGGGAAUCUGCAGCUGCCCCGAGGGCUGGCUGGGAGGGGCCUGUCACACUGCCGUUUGUACACGUCCAUGUCUGAAUGGUGGGAAGUGCAUUUCUCCAGAUGUGUGCAGAUGUCACCCCCGCUUCUCUGGACCACGAUGUGCAGAAAGGAAGAAGGUUUUUUAAAGUCAGGGGAAACUGCCAAAUACCCUACUACAGGAGAACAUGGGGAAAAUAACUCACUUUCACCUGUAAGCCUAAUGAUUUUACACAAUGGUGCUAAAGGUAAACUGUUUACUAUUUAAAUGUGUAAAUGUGUUGUAUGAAUCACUGAACUUUUAUUUGGGACAAAAACUUCCUGAUGUUUGAAAACAUUUUAUUCUGUCUAUACUGUACCAAUUAUAAAAAAACACAUAUUUAAUAGGAGUCUUGAUUCACUGUGAUGUCUCGGAAAUGGGCAGUCUGGAGUUGGAUUUUAAAGCGAUAGAACAACAGUGACAUAACAUCUUCUAAUAGCUUGGACUUAUUACUUGAAUGUGUUACAUUAAUUUAGUUAUUCAGUUAAUUGUUAGCUUACUGAAAUCUCCCAUAAUGCAUUUCUUUCUUACAAGCAAUAAGAAAUCAUAAAAUAAGAUGAAACG